ACAAUUGUUCUACCAUUAACACACAUGUUUUCACACACAUCAUGUUCUAAUGUUGACACAUUUUCUUUUUUCUUUUCUUUUACUGAGAGAUCCGGGCUUCCAUAAGCAUGAGUGUGAUAACCAUGGACCGGAAGUGCUCCUGCUGCUGCUGUUGAGGGAACACAGGCGUGAGGACGCAGAAGCAGAGCCCUCGCAGACGGAAGACGACACAUCGGAUCCUCCUCUGUCACACAGUCGGGAUAUGUCUGUCAGGAUGGAAAUGGACAUCAAUGGAGUGUCUCUGGCCCACGUUUCCAUUCUCCCUCCAUCUGAAACCAAGGCCACAUUGAAACCGGAAGCAGAGAGACCUCGCUGUGCAAGCACCCCAUGUUCCCCCAUCAGAGGGUACCAGAUCCUCCACAUGGACUCAAACUAUCUGGUAGGCUUCACCACCGGUGAGGAGCUGCUCAAGCUGGCCCACAAGUGGUCAGAAGGCACCCCAGAGAAGGGUUCUGUAUCCGAGGCCAUGACCAGCUCCGCAGAGAGCCCCGUCCCGAAGUCUGUGGACUUGGGCAUCCACCGGUCUUCACGAAUCUGCAAAGGCAAAAAUCGUCACUACCAACCCUACGACAUUCCUGCUGCCAACGGGCGGAGACGGAGGCGGAUGCCCAGCUCCAGUGACACCUUCCUCAGGGAGCCUGGGAGGGGUCUGCAUGCUCCACUACCCCUCUGUCUGCUGAAGGGGAAGAGGGCCCAGUCCAAGUCUCUGGACUACCUUAAUCUGGACAAAAUAAGUAUCAAAGAAUCCUCAGACACUGAAGUGUUACAGUACCAACUUCAGCACCUCACCCUGCGAGGGGAGCGCCUGUUUACCAGAAACAAGACAUGAAAGCACCGGGCGACGCCCUUUUGAGGCACCUGCUCCCCUUUGGGGGAUUUAGGUGCUUUUUCCAGCUCGGUUCUUUCUACCUAAAUCAGAAGCUGACUUCUUGUUCUAUGAUUAACUGGGAGUUGUACCUUGUACUGGACACACACAGUUGUGAAGAAUAUCCUUGUAUCACUCCUCACAUUGUACUGAGGCUGUUGAGGUAAACAAAUGUGAAUUAUAUAAAUUUAGCAAUAACUGGUGAACCUAUUUAUUGACAGUAUUGUGUGUUUGUACUGGUCAGAGACGCACUGAUACAUCAGCUUACAGCUGAUCAAAGCACAUAUCCCCUACUGUAUCGGCUUAAACGCUCCAUUUGUAUCACUCCAACAAUCAUUUAACUGCUUAUCCGUGAGGAAUUGUGUUUUUCAUACACCUGUCAAAUCAGCAAGAUAAUACUUGGGUAGAUUUGACUAACACCGUCUAAAGAGUAGGUUUAAAUGUAUCAACCACUACGGAUGGGGAGUGAUAUUGUUAUUAUCCAAUCUGAGGUUAUUGUUUGCAAAUAUGGAUGGGAAUAUGUUGCCUUUAGAAACCGUAUUGGUGCAUCUCUAGUUUUGUACUUUGGUUAUGGGCGCACAACCGUAUUUUUGAGGUGUGUCUUUUUAAUGAGUGUGUAUGUUCCCCUUGUGUUUCUGCCUCAUUACAGAACAUAUUGUUUUGCACCUGAUUGCACUGCUGGAUAUUUGCAACAGACUGAAACGUGAGUGCUCCUUGAUAUCGGCACCAAUUCCGUUCACAGUAAAUCUGCAAUAUUGAAGACAAACGAGCCAUGAGAACACUUGUGUGAAACGUGUGUACACUCCUUGAGCGUUUGCACAUUUUUGUUGCGCUGCUUUGAAAGGAAAUUGUGAUUUAUUUGAGUGUUUUCUAUUACACAAAAAUAUAUAUUUAUUUCAUAAACAUGUAACAUGAAGCCUCUGUGCCAAUUUUGUAUGUGACAAUGGCAUCUUUCAAAUUGUUCUGUUGUAGAAAAUGAACUAAUUGGAGUACAUGGGUGUAGUAUGUGUGUUCCUGGGGGGUGUCGGCAUGCGUUGAGCUCUGCCACGGUUGCUUUCUACACCUUAGAGAUUAAUAAUAAUAAUAACAAUAGAGAUUCAUUUUAGACAGGACACUCGUCCAUUUUUAAUUCAGGAUAUCUUAAAAAAUGUUGUCUGUAACAGUGUCCCAUUUUCACAUUUGAAUCCAUGUUAAGAACAUUGAUGUUGGUUUUGAUGAUUUUGGAUAUGUGUAAUAUACAUCCACAUUGAAUGAAAGUUGUGAUAAACAAAAUGAAAAUGGUGUUUAUGAGCCACGCCCACUCCACUGUAAGGAGCAUGACCCUCUCUUGUAAGUGCAUUCAUAUCCACUGUUAGAGGGCAAAAUAAAAAGCAAAAUGUGACUGCAAUGGAAGCCGACUUGGUGAAUUGAUCAUAAUAUACAUGAAGAUGUACACCAAAGAUUGCAGCAGACAAUAACGUCAUAACAAUGUGGAGCGAUAACUCAAGUUAUUACAUGAACUGCCAUAUUUUCAUCACAAGCUCUUUUAAGUCUUCUGCAAUAGUUUAAUGGAACAUGAUGGGGAAAUUAGCACCACUAACUUUUAAUCUUGUGCCCAAAUAUUUGCAUCACAGUAGUGGAUGGAAACCAAAAAUAAUUUCACAUUUUCUUUUGUUGUCGUGGAAAUUUGCUCUGAAUUUGGAUGGACAACCAUCAUAUUCUAACUAUAUAUCACAUAUAAUUAAUGUUAUAAUGUUAAUUAGCUACACAUGUUGAAUAAAUCGAAAAUAACCACAACUGCCAAGCAAAGCAAAGUUAUUCUGAAAUAUCUUUUUAUUUUCUUUGACAUUAUAAAUGUCAAAUUAAAGGGGUGUACAGACCAUUCCACCGUAUACUGUAUGUAAAGUCACUCUGAUGCACUUCUAUUGACUCCUUAAGCCAAACAGAAACAUGUACACUUGAUGUUAACCAAUGACUGUUAUAUGAUUAAAGCUUAUUUCAAACAAA